AAGCACGCCUCUCCUCUUCUCACACGCGUCUGGUUCGGAUGAAGCUUGAUGGAGUUUCACGUCCUCUCGUCACGGCUUGCAGAAGCGACAAAACUUCAGGAGAAUGUCUGAGAGAAAUGCUCCCGCCAAUAAAGCCCCAGAGUCAAACCCUUCACCCCCAAACCUGGACACAAGGUUUGUGAUUGGUGGACUGCGUCUGUGGUCUGGAGCAGGGGCUUGGUUGUUGUUUGCUGUUGUUUUGUUGUUAGUCGGAAUCCACCUAACUGCGGCCGGGUAUUGGAACAUUCAGCCCCGCAGACAAACAGCACAUCAUGUUUCAACUGGACGCACCUCUUCAGAGAAGCUGAGGCUGAUUGGUCCCGUCAUCAUAGGGGUGGCACUUUUUAACAUUAAUUGUGCCAAUGCACUUCUCCAUAUUUACCGUGAUAUGGAACUGGAGAAAACGAAAAGCAAAUGGCAGAGGUACAGUCCUUCGAAACAAUUCUCACAAGCAAACUCAAACAGGCAUAAACUGGACUUGUCUGAAAUUUGCAACCGUUGCUUAGAAGAAGGGUCAGGAAUUCCUACGCUGAAGUGCUCGUCUCCAUCCUCAAGCAUAUGUAGCUCCAGUCAAGUGAACUUAGAAAUCGAAUCUCCUGUAGAAUGCCGGACAAUGGAAACAUCGGCCUUGCCUGUUAUUAAAGUCAAUGAUCGGCUCCUCAAACACAGAAGCUCCAGUGAAUGGACGCACUGGAAACAAGAUCGCAGGGGAAAACAUGACGUCUUCUCUGAGGACAUUGUGAUUUGAUACCAAUUAAAUAUCAUGAUUAGGGGCGCUAUCGCGCACGUUGAGAAUGUAGAGCGUGUUUUCGAUCGCUCCUGGAGAAGGUAACAGAUUUAAUCAUAUAUUAAACAGCACAGCAACCUUUUUGUUGUUCCAUUACUUAAAACUAGCCCCCUAAACACGAAGGUUACUCUUUCAUUUGUUAAAAGCUGUAAACAUGACAUAUUGUCUUGAUCCAAAACUGACGGUAAAGGAGGCCGCAGUAAAGCCCCGUUCCUCUCAGGCGAUGCUAGUGAGCCCUUGGUUAGUGUACACUCUGGAGAAAACUCACCCGGGAAUGUCACUUUAGACAUUGUUGGACUCAUUGUUUUCAAGAAUGAGUUUUAUCAGAAAAUUGACUUGUUACCUACUGGUUUACGCUCGGAGAUCACUACAGUGCGAACAGACGUCAAAUGUUGGCUGGAGUCAACACUAGCAGAGUAAAGGAAUUGAAAAAAGCUUGGUCAGGUAAUAGGGGCUGUAUAACGGAACUUAAAAAACUGAUAACGUCGCUCAGUCAUCAAGUAACAUAUCUGGACGCCAAGUGAGACGAUUUGGUGGGGCGCUCUAGGAGAAAUAAUAUUCGUCUGGUGGGUGUACCAGAGGGAAGCGAAGGUUCAUGUCCAGCUGAAUAUGUGGCCCAACUUUUACAGGAGAUCUUGCGACUUCAGGAUUAACCUUAGGGCACUUCAAUCUGCACAUCGUACAGUCCGUGAAAAAAGUGAAAAAGGAGAACCUCCUCAUCCUCUUGUCAUUAUAGUGCUUUACUUUCAGGUUCAAUAUGAGAUUCUUCAAAAUGCUGCAGAACUCUCUCCUCUUACAUACAAUGGGAAAGUGCUGUCCAUUUUCACGGAUUACACUACGACUGGCAAAAAGCGGCUUCAUUUAUGGAUGUUAAACAUGUGCUCCAUUCAUCUCCUGAAGUCAAGUUUGGCUUGCUCUUUCCUCCUAUAUGGGGCGUCUGCAGCCUUGGAUCCAGUAUCCACGAUACUGGAAAAAAUAGAACAGUAAUUAAGAACUGGAUUGCAAUAUAUUUAAUGAAAUUGAAUA